AUGGCAGGACAGUGGAUAGUGGUCUUAAUUGGCAUUUUAUUUUGGGCAACCUGCUCAGCAGCUCCAACUGAAUGUUACUUCAACUCUCAAGCUUUGUGUGAGUAUGAGGGGAAGCGUUACUCAUUGGGUGAUAGCUGGAUGGAGGAGGGCUGUGUCCAGUGCACCUGUCUGCAUCCCUUCGGAGUGGGAUGCUGUCAAACUGUGCAGCAGCCUGUGGAUUUCCCACCUUGGUGUAAAGUGCGUGUUGAAUCGGAGACCUGCACAGUCAACCUGGUAUUAAUCUCUGACCCCCGUCUGGCCUGCUUUCAAGGAGAGGUGAAUAACAUAAACCCCAGCCAUGGAGAAAUGAACAUGAAGGUAGAGGGUUAA